CAGAACAUAAAAGGCGCGUACGUGUUUAUCUCAUGAUUCACGCUCUCUCUCUCAGAUGCAAAGCCAUGACCGACGUCGAGAGCCGGAACCCUAAUUUGGACCGUCCGGCGAAGCGCCGAAGUGAAGAAUUCGAUGAGCGCGCUGCUGGCACUGGGAAUAGUACAUCGUGGGACAAGGAGCCUCCAAUGGUAGAUGAUGGAUCCGCUGAUGGCUCCCCUUUAGUGCCGCAGCAAAAGGAAGAUAAGGGUAGCAGUGCCAAAGAAGAUAGUGAUGUAGAAGAAGUUGAAGAUAGUGAUGUAGAAGAAGUUAGCGCUACAGAAGAAGAUUAUGAUUCACCCGACUUUAUGGCAGAUUAUGUUGGUGGCGUAGAUGAUGGUGACUAUUGUGGAUAUUGUGAAUUAUGUGUGGACAAUGAAGUCUGCAAAGGUUGUGGUAACAAGGAUGGCAUCCCCGCGGGUGAGGAAGAACGUUUUAAUCCAUUGGAAUGUAGAAUUUGUGGUACCAGUGAGCAUAGGACUGAGUACUGUGCAUCUCGGCAGUUUAAUAAGUUGUUAAAGGAGGAGGGAAGAAAGGGAGAAGAUGAUGCUUUCAAGGAGUAGGGAUUGUGGUGGAUCAGGUGACUCUGGAUAUGUUGUUCCUCCAGCCGUCUAAUAUGCAGAGAGCCAUCAACGUUGUACGGGUGGUUUGAUUUUGUUGUGCUUUAAUGAAAAACAUUUAUGUUCUGUGAAAUUAGUCGACUAGCAGUUCUAGGUAUUGUUGUGCAGAAAAUUUGAUUGAACUUUCCGAAUGUAAUAGGGCACUUUAUCUAUGAUCUAAUACUCUAAAUGAUGCCCUAUAA